AUGGAAUCAAUAAAAUGGUGUAUAGCUAUUCACCGCAUCAGAACGAUCUCAUCUUCCAUUCGACACCGUCAUGCAUAUUUCUAUGCUGAGCUGAAGAUGUUGCUGGAUUUUAUAGAUGACGAGGACGUAUUGGUCGCGUAUACUGCGAAGGAGGAGCUUCACCAGAUCGUUAUUCAUGAUAGAAUUAUGGAGACGAGAUAUGUUAACGAUAUCAUCAAAGCUUUUAUAUUGCCAUCGGCUGCAGCUUGGAAACGAGAGGCCAGUGGAUUCCGGUUUCAGUUACUGCGACAACUCAUUAAGGCAAGAAUUGGCGAGGAGUCCAUGGAAGGAAGCAGUAGUGAUGACGAGGGUCAAGUAGAAUGUAUUGUGAAGCACCCAUGCUUACAAGCAAUGCUGAAAAAUCUAUUGCUAGUCGGAGGUAUGAUGCGCAACGUUUUCAUGACAACUGAUCGCGCUGAAGCGCGUGUAGAGUUAGCAACAACAUCGGCCCCUUACACAGUCCAGUACGAGGCGUUAGUGUUUUUGAGUGAUGUUAUCAAACGCCUACAUGGUUUGAAGAUUGCAGCUUCGUACCAAGUGGAGCUAAGCGAGCAUAUGGUGAUGUUUAUGGAUAACGUUUUCGUGGCGAUGGACUACGUUGCUCAACCAACCUUCGUUUCUUGUGCGGUCCUAGGGCUGCUUGGUAAUUUUCAAGAACUUUUAAUGUUUUGGGUACGCCAGACAGAGGACAGUGGUUAUAGUUGUUCGAACGACACUAUGCUUUCAAAGUGGCUCGAGCGAUGUGUGGUGUGGCUUCUGGAAUCUUCCUGCACGUCCGCGGCAUUGCGUCUACUAAAUGACCAUGCAACUGUGACAAGCCAAAUGGCAUUUAUUGCCAAAUCGGGUCCAUACCCAUUCUUGCAGCAAUGGCUUCUGUAUUUGAGUCGAAUGGGAACUGCAUAUCUGGAAAAUUUGAUCAACACAAGACCGAGUGAUACGUUGCAAAAGCCGACCUUCACUAGUGGACUACAGUGUUCUACAAAUAUACUGAGUCGGCAGCAACUUUUUGCGGUACUGGCUGAGCAAGAUGAUGUUCUGAUCGAAGUUGUAAACCGUCUCAUGCAGAUAACAACGAUUGCGGGUUGCUUCAGCUUCAGCCUCGACACGCAGUUGUUUCCAUCUCUUAUUCCUUACGUCACUGCUGAAUUCGAUCCGGACCUACUUUUUGCUGAUCUUGUCGAAACACUUGGACAGGACCAUUUGGUGCUACUUGACCUCCUCGUGUCAAAUGAAACUCAAAUGCUCGAGUAUUUUGUUAAAUACCUACGACGCAUACAUUCACACUGGGACACUAGCAAGCAAAAACUGCAGACUUACGGACGAUUAGAAGAUGUGAUGAGUGUGCUCAUUCGACUGCGACUGGAAAUCGAUCGGCUCGUUGCCGCCGACUUAUUUCCUUAUAAUGCAAGACCUCUUGUGAGGCGAAUGAUGGCAAUCGAAGAGCUCUACGAGGAAUCAGACGACGAUGCAGGACAGUCAUAA